GACAGGGUGGAGUAAAUCGGAAGUAGAUUGAAAGGAGGAAGGCGAGAGCGGUUUGGUAGCGCUCGGUGUAGGUUGCUGUCUUCCUAUCUGCAUUCGAUUUUUGUAUCGGUUUUCCUUGAUAAAUUAAGGCGUUCCAUUCAUUGAUUGGUUUAUAUCAAGGAAAGCGUCUUCAGACAGCUUGGAUAGCUUAUACUCUCUCCCGCUAGUCAGUCGGUAUUAUUUUAUUUAUAAAAAAAGUUGUGUAGUCAUAAUUAGCUAUUCCAACCCCCCGUAAAGAUUGGAAAUACGUCAAGGAUCUGAAGUACGUCGUGUAAACUGGGCGAAAGUUAGCGUGUUAUCCCGGGAGUGCACCAAGGGGGAGCCUUCUCAUUUUUCAGUUUUGACUCGUUGGCGGGGCGUUGCUGUCUGGUACGUAAAUCGUUAUCGGACAACUAACCAGCUAGUCGGCAAGUCAGACUACCGGUGACCUCGAGAAAAGCGCAGUCUCAGUUCAAACCCAAAACUAGCAUCCAUUAGCAGCCGUCGUCCGCAGUACGCUCACUUCUGCCAGCUUUCUGAAUCCGAGCGACGCAUUUGCAAAUAAAAAUGGCCGGAGUGAACAGCAUCGAGGCGGUGAAGCGAAAAAUUAAAGUUCUGCAGCAACAGGCCGACGAAGCCGAAGAGCGAGCCGAGAUUCUGCAGCGGCAGGUCGAGGAGGAGAAGCGGGCCAGGGAGCAGGCCGAGGCAGAGGUUGCUUCCCUGAACAGGCGUAUCCAGCUGGUGGAGGAGGAGCUGGACCGGGCCCAGGAGCGUCUGGCCACGGCUCUGCAGAAGCUGGAGGAGGCCGAGAAGGCAGCUGACGAGAGCGAGAGGGGCAUGAAGGUGAUUGAGAACAGGGCCCUGAAGGACGAGGAGAAGAUGGAGCUGCAGGAGAUCCAGCUGAAAGAGGCCAAGCACAUUGCUGAAGAAGCCGACCGCAAGUAUGAGGAGGUGGCCCGUAAGCUGGUAAUCAUCGAGGGAGACCUGGAGCGCACGGAGGAGAGAGCAGAGCUGGCAGAGGCCAAAGCCCGGAUGUUGGAGGAACAACUGAGGGGUUUCGACCAAUCUCUGAAGAGUCUGCAGGCCUCAGAGGACAAGUACUCCCAAAAAGAGGACAAGUAUGAGGAGGAGAUCAAGAUCCUGACUGAUAAGCUGAAAGAGGCUGAGACCCGUGCCGAGUUUGCUGAGCGGUCGGUGGCCAAGCUGGAGAAGACCAUCGACGAUCUGGAAGAGCGGCUGGCCACUGCCAAGGAGGAGAACCUCAAGAUCCAUGCUACCCUGGACCAGACCUUGCAGGAUCUCAACAGCUUCUGAAUGUAGCUGCAGCCUGCCACCCCCUCCACCUCCACCCUAAUUCUUACUGUCUGUACCACACCCACUCUGUCUGAAGUUGUCGAUAGGAUGGGGCCAGGGGUAGAUGUGGCGGUCAUAGAAGUCCUCGAUCCUAUCGGAAUCCUGACCUAUUUUUCUACCUAAAUAAUCCCUAAUCUUGAAAGCUCACCUCUGAUUAGGACCAAGGCCUGAUCUUGUUAACAUCCCAUUUAUGGUGUGAUCAGGUGUUUAAAGUGUGUCGUACCCAAUAAUGGGUGACACCAGUCUUAAUUAUUGCUUAUCUUGCUGAACCAUACCUAUGGUGCAGUGAAAAAUCACACUGGUGUAAAUUUGUGAGGGAUAACAUCCUUAAUUGAUUGGUUGUUUUACUUGGCAAAUGUUGACCAUAAUUUUGGGACCAAGACAUGCAUUCCAGAGUUUUUUCGUGUUUGGCACCCCUGAAACUAUAUUCACUCUAACUCCUGCUCUUAAACCCUACACUCCUACUUCAGCAUUGUUUUGUAUUACAACUAAGACUUCCACUUUUAGUUGACUGGGACCAUGAAUGUGUUAUCUUAGUUGUGUAUGUUACGUUGUUAGAAAUGCAGGGGUCUAUAUGGGGAUCACUUGUCUAUUACGAGUUUUUCAUUUUUUUUUUUAAUACUAAGUCAUACCCUGUAUAAGGGCCUGUGUAACUUUCUGUUGCUGUACUUACUAACGGUUUUUUUUUUUAACUUUUCCCUCUCAGGAGGGUGGACUUAAGUGUGGUCAAGCUGAAGCAUAGCUUGGGAAUCCUCAUCUAAUUGGAACACUAUGCAAAUUUGCAAAUUUUGCCUGUAAUAUGCUAUUAAGUCAGGGGGGUAUUAAAUGAUCAAACUAUACCACUGCCAAAAUGGAACACAAGGGGCCAAUUGAAAGUUAAAGGGAGAUGCGUUUGCAAAGUUUUUUUUUUUUGUUUUGUUUUGUUUUGUUUUUGACUUCUCAGUGUAGGGGGAAGAGUGAUUAUUCUGCUAAAUAAACUGGAAAAAAAACUUGUUUUUAAACUGGAACAUCCAAACUGGAGAUGUAAACAUUUUGAUACGGUCAAUAUUUCAUUGUAAUCGCAACAAAGGAGAAUGUGGACAAGUGAUUUUUAAAUAAAGGACCAUGAUUCUUAUUGA